AAGUUGAUUCCCUCUUGCUUCUUAAGACAGAAUUUUUGCAGCUGUCAAGAUCUGUCGCUGACCUUGAUGAGUCAGUUUCUUUUCUUUCAAAGCAAUAUGAUACCACCUGCGAACAGCUCAAGUCAUCAGAGAGCGCUGCAGAAAACAGAGACAGAGAAAUUAGAAAACUGAACGAAACUGUCGAGGCUCAGGCUAAAAUUUUACAUCGUUUACAACAGGAGCAAAACGAAUCUGACCAAUACAGUAGACUGUCCAACUUGGAAAUUCAUGGCUUACCAGUCACCCAAAAUGAAAAUUUGAAAGAAAUGCUCAAAGAUCUUGCUGUGAAACUUGAACUGCAUGAUUUUUCUGAUAAUGAUGUGGUUGCCGUGCACCGCCUUCCUGGCAAGCAGGAUUCUUCUCCAACAGUUCUGGUGCGCUUUUGCAAUAUUGCUAUGAGAGAAAAAUGGUUUAACAGGCGUGGUAAACUACGAGAGUUGUACCUCUCUAAGGGGCUGCCCAAACUUUUUUUCAAUGACAACUUAACAAAGAUCAACCGACAUAUGUUCUGGCUUGCUAGGUCGGCGGGCAAGGAAAACUACAAAUAUGUUUGGGUGAGAGCGGGCAAAAUAUUUGCCAAGAAGGAUGAGGACGCUUCACUCAUUCGAAUAAUCAGUGAAGCUGAUAUUGAAAAGAUAAAAUGAAUAUGGUUCCAUCUGCUCCACUUGUAUUUUCCAACUUUGAUGCCUUUAAGAGCAGCUUCGGUCCUAACUCUGAUUCAGAUUUUACUUUGGUUAACGUAAAUAUUCGCAGCCUGCGCAAAUACUGGGAGGAGUUCAAAAGAUUAGCAGAAGACGCCAACACUUACGUGGAUGUUUUUGUACUCACUGAAAUUAACGUUCCAGAUGCAAUCCUGCAUUUAUUUGUGCUGAAAGGUUUCACCGCUAAAUUCUUGACUCGAGAGCUCCGUAGAGGUGGUGGUAUUGCUGUUUUUGUGAAUGAUAAGUAUACUGUUUCUGAAGUUAACGUUAGUUUCACCCAUGCUGAAGUUUUUACUUUGAAGUUGUGUUCCCUCCAUAUAUGUCUUACUUUGUUAGCAAUCUACCGCCCCCCUAGCAAUAGUGUCAGUCGCUUUAUUCUAGAACUAGAAGCUGUCAUGAAGCGUUUUAGCUGUGAAGAAACAUUUUGCAUCACGGGUGACUUGAACAUUGAUAUUUUAUGUCCAGGAAAAAUCCAAGUGUCUGAUUAUCUUUCAUCUCUGUCAGCUUUUGGCCUGGAAAACACAAUUACAGCUUUUACACGAGAAGAAGUUGUAAGCGGUCAAAUAAAACGCUCUUGUUUGGACCAUAUAGCAGUACGAGCGCCGAAUCACACUCUGAGCUCCUGUGUCAUAACGCAACGCUUAGCAGAUCAUUAUUUUACUUCCUGCCGUUUUUCUUCGAAAAUACUGCCUUCUGCCUCUUGCUAUUUGAAAGCGGACAGUUCCCGUAAAGAAAUGCGUGUGACAGUUAUUGAUCAACGCAAAUUGGACUCGUUAAUUAAAGAGUUCGAUUGGUCUUCUCUUAUUAUUUCUGGUUCUCCUGGGGAAGUAUAUGAUAGGUUUUGCUCGAAAAUGCGUAGUCUGCAACAUUCUUGUACUCGUAUUGCUAGGGCUAAGCAAAGACGUAGUCACAAUUGGCUGUCGCCAGACAUUUUGGAAGCAAUUGCUGACAGAGACUUGCUUUGGAAACGGUUUAAACGCUCCCCUGGUAAUGAAGAACUAGGUAUCAACUACAGAAUCGCAAGGAAUAAAGUGGUUGCCCUUAUCCGAUCCGCAAGACGACGAUACUUCCAUCAUCAGUUUCAGUUAUCUGCCAGAAACCCGGCGCGGAUGUGGUCACUGAUAAACCACUUUCGAGCUAAAGAAAAUAGCGAUGCUAAACCUACUGAUGCGUUUACUGGUGACCCUGAGCAUACAGCUGAUCUUUUCAAUCGCCACUUCGCAAAUGUGUCUGGUGGACUUUCUUCGGUGCCGAAAGGCCGUUCUCGUUUAAAUAAUUCAACACCUGCCUCCGCCUUCCUUCCGACUUUAACAAUAGACGAACUCGCUAGAAUAAUUUCCGGCUUCAAAAGGCAGAAACCAGCAGGUAUUGACGGUAUCUCUGUAUCUUUACUGCAGCGGAAUCUGGAAGCACUAUCAGAGAUUCUGCUUUUCAUGCUUAAUGGAUUCCUGGAGACAGCUUCUCUGCCAUCAGACUUAAAAACAGCAAUUGUAAAGCCCCUAUUUAAAGUUUGGUUUUGUCGCAGGUCGUGGCACUACUGAUCUACUUGAAGAAUUUUCCGAUGAACUGCAUGAUGCUUUGGAACAUAACAUGUUUGCCUGUGCCUUAUUUCUUGAUAUCUCGAAAGCAUUUGACACCGUAAACCACUCUAUAUUGCUUGAAAAAAUAUACCUUCUUGGCUUCAGGGGCCCGUUCUACAACUUUCUUAAAAAUUACCUUUCUGAUCGUUCCCAGGUAGUGCGCUUAGACAACCAGUUACCUUUCAGUAACAGACUUCCCUUGAAAGCUGGUGUACCACAGGGAUCUAUUUUAUCUCCUCUUUUAUUCAAUUUAUUCAUAAAUGAUUUUACGGCUGCUGUUCCAAAAUGUAUUGUAUUUCAGUAUGCAGACGACACUGUUCUGUUAACGAAACAUGUAUGUUACCAUAAAGCGAUGUCACUACUACAAGACAGUGUUUAUGAGGCUGUACCAUGGUUUACGAAUAACUGCUUGGUGAUUAAUCAGAAAAAAACGAAAUUAAUUUGCUUUAAAAAUCCAUUGAAAGCAAUGGUGACAAAUGAACCCCUACUUCUUCAUGCCCGCGAUUGCGCCUCCUGUAAGUGUACUCCCAUUGAAUAUGUAAAUUCUAUAAAAUAUCUUGGUGUAUUCUUAGAUAGCGACCUGUCCUGGAAUGAUCAUCUGGCUUACAUUUGUGGCAGACUACGGAAAAUCUCAUGGUUACUUUUCAAUAUCAGAUCAAUUGCACCCACCAAUAUUAAGGUGACCAUCAUGCUUGCUCUUGCGUACAGUAUCCUGCGAUAUGGCAUCACAUUAUUUGCUUUCUGUUCUUCGCGAUGGCAGUGUCGGGUUGACAAUAUCUUAAAAAGCAUGUUGAAAUCCAUUGUAUACAAUCGUUCCUCAACAGACAAUGCAAAUUUAUUUUCUCUACUUCGCCUGCCAUCUUUCCAAGCGUCCUUCAAUCAAACAGUUGUAUUACGGCAUUUCUGGGGCUCUCAGUUCAAAAAAGAAUGCAUUGCCCCUCGUAUAUUAAGAAAAACUUCCCGCUUUUUGGUACCAUUCGUUAAAACACGAUAUGGCAAAGCUAUUAGAAAGGUCUAUGUCCCUACUAUCUUUAAUGACCUCCCCGACAGUGUAUUUUCUGCAACGACGAAACGCAGUCUACGAAACAGCCUAAAGUCGCUUUAACGCUGCAUCAUUUAUAUCGUUUAUCACAUUACUAUUGUUUCUAUUUUCUUGCAUGCCGGGUAUAAUCUGUUUAAAGUUGUUCAAUCCUUAUCUUCCCAUUUCUGUUGUUUAGGUAAUAAUGCUUCCGCUAAAUUGAUUCUUGUUUGUUAUUGUGUUUCAAUGUAGCGUAAAUGAGUUACAUGUCUUCUUUCUGAUUAUUUUACGUGACAAGCUCUUCAAUAUGUAUGUCAUCUCUCGUUUGCCGAUGUGCCGGGCCUAGUCCUCCAAGCCACCGUCUGGCUUUGACAGGCCUGUUAUCUGUUUUGUACAACUCAAGAUGACAAUAAAGAUUAUUAUUAUUA